UGAGGCAGAACAGCGGCGAGCAGGAACCGAGUUCGAUCCCAGCAGGAAGCCGGCAAUAACACAGCAAUAACCGGGCAAUAAACGAGCAGGAACCACGAACCGAGCAGGAACCGAGCCUGAACCGAGCCUUGACAGGAUGCUGCAGCACCCGGGCCCCUCGCUGGCCGACAUCAGCUGCUCGGCGCUGGUCCCCUGCCUGUCGCCGCCCGGCACGCUCACCCUGGACGACUUCACCAACUUCACCCCCAUCGUGAAGGAGGAGCUGCGUCUGGCCAUCCAGAGCAAGCGUCUGUCCAACGGGCUGAGCGCCGACGUGAGCUCGGACGGAGCCAGCUCCAGCUCGGACCGGGGCUUCGAGCUGCCGCCGUGCCGCAGCGGCAGCAGGAGAGAGGUGUCGCUGGAGGAACACGAGAGGAGGAGACGGCGCCGCGAGAGGAACAAGGUCGCCGCCGCCAAGUGCCGCAACAAAAAGAAGGAGAAGACCGACUGCCUGCAGAAGGAGUCUGAGAAGCUGGAGGGCGUGAACGCGGAGCUGAAGGCCCAGAUCGAGGAGCUGAAGCAGCAGAAGCAGCAGCUGGUCUACAUGCUGAACCUGCACCGGCCCACCUGCAUCGUGCGGGCCGUCAACGGCCAGACGCCCGAGGACGAGCGCAACCUGUUCAUCCAGCACAUCAAGGAGAGCACGCUGCAGCUGCACGACCUGGCCCACGCCGCCGUGGCCCACGCCGGGGCCUCGGGCCCCCCGGGGGGCCCGCCCACCCUGGACCAGGUCCACUGCCACAGCAGCCUCUGAGGGAAUCAACCCGCCGACCCGCCGCCGUCCACUACGCUGCUACGACCUGGAACGGCUGGACUGUUGAUGUUGUUUUGGGCCCGUCCGGGUCCACCAAGCACUGAAACCCUCACGACCCCGAGCUGCCCGUCUCCGUGGCAACGGGGGCUGCCCGUCUCCGUGGCAACGGCUGGGCGGGGACUCUGGGUCACAUGACUGUUGGAGGCCGUGAGGGUGAAACCGCCUCAGAGUAUUUAUUAAAGGACUGGAACCAUGGAUGGAUGGAAUCAUUCACGGAUGGAUGGAUGGAUGGAUGGAUGGAUGGAUGGAUGGAUGGAUGGAUGGAUGGAUGGAUGGAUGGAUGGAUGGAUGGAUGGAUGAUAGAUGGUUGCACUGCAAAAACUGAAAAUCUUAACAAGAAUAUUUGUCUUAUUUCUAGUUAAAAUGUCUCAUUUUCUACUUAUUUCAAGUGAAAAUUUACUUGAAACAGGUGAAAAUUGUCAAAUAGGUUAUUUUUCUGGUAAUGACUGUUGUUUUAAGUGUAAUGAGAUUUUUUUUGACUAAAAAAGAGACAUUUUAACUAGAAAUAAGACAAAUAUUCCUGGUAAGAUUUUGAGUUUUUGCAGUGUGGAUGGAUGGAUGGAUGCACUGCAAAAACUCAAAAUCUUAACAAGAAUAUUUGUCUUAUUUCUAGUUAAAAUGUCUAAUUUUUAGUAAAAAAAAAAAUCUCAUUACACUUAAAACAAGACUCAUCACUGGGAAAA